AUGACACCGCAAAAUACAGUGACUGGAACUGGAUCUCGCCGCGUAAGACACGACCUCACAAGUAAAUACGAUAAUGAGAAUACUUUACCAGAAAACCCUGUUUCUUUAGAUGCAAAACUAGUCGAGAAAACGACGAAAAAUGACUACGGUGUUGACAGAAUAACUGACGCCAAGGAGCCAACUUCCAGCCAGGAUUUUGAUGAGUUACGAUUGCUGGCGAGGCAUGAAUAUCUCACGCAAAGAGAAGAGCAAAAGAUCGCGGUAGUUGUCAAAGAACUGGAGUAUCUGGAGGCCGAUGUUGUGAAGUAUGGGUGGGACAAUUUGUCGAGACAGGAGCAAGAUGAGAUCACUUUAAAGCGUGAAGUUGUCAAGCUUUUCAACGACAAGCUGAAAAGACAGGGCCACAAUGGGUUUCUUAUGGGGGAUGGCGCUGUCGAAGGGAAAGCUUUGCUAGACAAGAAACGAGAGUUGCUGAAAACGAGAAGCGGGAAAGACCGUGUACAGGUCGAGAAAAGCGCUCAAAAGCAAUGGGAAGACAAACAACUCAACAACGCCGUGCAGGGAUCCGAUUAUGACACUAUAAAGGUCGAAGGAUCCGAGGAAUACGAGUUUGUUUUCGACGAACAGGCUUUCAUCGAGUUUUCCACCGAGGAUGGGGAUAGUUUAUCGCCAGGCUCGAAUGAGGAAGUCGCCUUGACAGAGCUGGAAUCGCGUCUGGAAAAGGAAACUGCGCGUUUGAAGAGUAUACAUGAAACGCGGAAAUCUUUACCUGUUUACCAGUACCGAGACGACCUGCUAAAUGCUGUCAAAGAGCAUCAAAUCAUGAUAGUUGUUGGUGAAACAGGCUCAGGAAAAACUACACAAUUGCCACAAUAUCUUGUUGAGGAUGGGUAUACCCAACACGGGAAACUUCAGGUCGCGUGUACGCAACCGCGUCGUGUAGCAGCGACUUCCGUCGCGACCAGAGUCGCCGAUGAAAUGGGCGUGAUGCUCGGCAAAGAGGUCGGGUAUUCGAUUCGAUUUGAAGACAAGACUACGCCCGGCACAACAUUCCUCAAAUACAUGACCGAUGGUAUGCUUCUUCGAGAGUUCAUGAUAGAUCCCGAAUUAACAAACUAUGCAUGCAUUAUGAUUGAUGAGGCCCACGAGAGGACCUUGGCUACCGACAUCUUGCUUGGACUCCUGAAGGAUAUUUUGCCACAUAGAAAAGACCUCAAACUAAUCAUAUCGUCAGCGACCAUGAAUGCGGUCAAGUUUUCCGAGUUUUUCUACGGGGCACCUAUUUUCAAUGUUCCAGGAAGGAGGUUCCCAGUUGACAUUCAUUACACACUACAGCCAGAGGCCAACUACAUUAAUGCAGCAAUCACGACGGUUUUCCAAAUACACACAACUCAAUCUGUCCCAGGAGACAUCUUGGUGUUUCUAACGGGCCAGGAAGAGAUUGAGAGCGCCCAACAAAGUAUCGAAGAAAUUGCGCAUGUUUUGGGUGACAAAAUAAGACCCUUGAUAAUCGCACCGAUUUAUGCUAACUUGCCCCAAGAUCAACAGUCUAAGAUUUUUCAACGAACUCCAGAAGGUUGUAGAAAAGUAGUGCUAGCUACAAACAUCGCCGAGACGUCGCUAACAAUUAAUGGCAUCAAUUUUGUCAUCGAUCCCGGGUUCGUCAAAGAAAAUUCAUAUGUAGCAGCGAGUGGAAUGUCGCAGCUGCUGACCGUGCCUUGUUCCCGGGCUUCUGUGGACCAGCGUGCCGGAAGAGCAGGAAGAGUUGGGCCUGGGAAAUGCUUCAGACUUUUUACGAAAUGGUCUUACUUUCACGAACUAGAACCUUUACCAAAACCAGAAAUUUUGAGAGUCAAUUUGUCGCAAGUGGUCCUUUUAUUAAUGUCCAUGGGAAUCAGAGAUCUGGUCAAUUUCCCGUUACUCGACAAGCCAAGCAUCCCAACUCUGAGCAAAGCGCUUGAAAACUUGUACGUAUUAGGCGCGCUCAAUAGCAAGGGUGCCAUAACAAGGCUGGGCCACAUUAUGUGUGACUUUCCUUGUGAACCUCAGUUCGGUAAAGUCAUGCAUACUGCGGCAACUCACGAAAAAUGCAAAGGAGUGCUUGAAGAGGCCGUUACCAUCGUUGCGAUGCUCCACGAAACGUCGUCGGUGCUCGUCAAUUCGCGACAAGACGCCAAUAAAAGUGGAAUCGUGGGCCAAGUGCAGAGCGAUCACAUGCUGUACCUCGAAAUAUUCAAUGCCUGGAAAGACAUGGAUUACUCCAGGUCCUGGUGUCUAGAUCAUAAAGUGCAGUACAAGACUAUGCUGCGCGUGCGGAAUAUACGCGAUCAGCUAUGGAGAUGCUGCGAAAAACUGGGGCUUGCAGCGCUCAACGAGGCUGCUCUCGAUGCUGGCAAUCCUCUGCAAGAUGUAGAAGCGCGGCUAACUCGCUCAUUUAUCGCCGGGUUCCCAGGAAACAUCGCACAGCUUGGCAGUUCCGGAUACAGAACGAUGGGCAGACAGACUGGUGGCCUCACUGUAAAUAUACAUCCCAGCAGCGUUGUCUUUCAAAUGUUUCGAAAAGAAUCCAAGAAACCAACAAAACAUCUUCUUUACCAAAGACUUGUCCUAACAUCGAAGGAAUAUAUGAGGGAUUGCAUUCCAAUUCCCAGAGAGAAUUGGCUACAUGAUAUGUUGCCGCAUCUGUUCGCAAAAGGGUCGAAAUAG